AUGUUCCUGAAUAAGUGCGAGGGGGACCUGGGUGAGCUGCGGAAGACAGGGGACGGCGAGGGCACCCCACCAGCCGCUACUGAGGAGGAGCAGCCCAAGAAGAAGCACCGGCGGAACCGCACCACCUUCACCACGUACCAGCUGCACGAGCUGGAGCGUGCCUUCGAGAAGUCCCACUACCCUGACGUGUACAGCCGUGAGGAGCUGGCCAUGAAGGUCAACCUGCCGGAGGUCCGCGUGCAGGUCUGGUUCCAGAACCGACGAGCCAAGUGGAGGAGGCAAGAGAAGAUGGAAGCCAGUUCCAUGAAGCUCCAUGAUACCCCCGUGCUCUCCUUCAACCGGCCCCCCAUGACCCCCAACGUGGGGCCCAUAAGCAACUCCCUCCCACUCGACCCAUGGCUGACAUCGCCCAUCUCCAGCGCCACCACGGUCCACAGCAUCCCUGGCUUCAUGGGAGCCCCCCAGGCCCUGCAGCCCCCCUAUGCUGGGCACUCCUUCCUCAACACUCCCCCGCCGAUGGCGCAGGGCAUGCAGCCCAUGGCCCCUGCACCCUACCAGUGCAGCACCCCCUUUGUGGACAAGUACCCGCUGGAGGAGGUGGACCAGAGGAGCUCCAGCAUUGCCUCACUCCGUAUGAAAGCCAAGGAGCACAUUCAGACCAUUGACAAGACCUGGCAGCCCAUUUGAUGAACGCUCCCCUCCAAGCUCCCCGGCCACCGCUCCUGCCCCUGGUGCUGGCUCUGCCCUGCGGCGGGUGAGGGAGGACAGUGGGCACUCAGCAGGACCAAAGUUGGCACCGGGCAGGGAUGCCAGGCUGCGUCUUCCCUAUACUGACUCAGCACUGGUGGUGUCAAGAGAGCGAGUUGGGGUGCUGGCAGGACCCCACGGCUGGGGGGAAGCACUCCAGGAGAGCCCCU